AUGUCUCAAAGAUACGAUCAGUUCAUUGCCAAUGACGUGACAUCCAACCAGUCCAACUCCACAAGGCCCAUGCUCAUCAAAGAGUACAAAAAGAUCGGACAUGGAGCAUUCGGGACCGUGGUACAGGCUUUCCUCACGCCUGACAACAACAAGUGGUACGGGCCUUUUGCCAUCAAGAAGGUACCUGCGCAGACAGAGUACAAGUCGCGGGAGCUGGAGAUCCUGCGAAUUGCUGACCACCCCAACGUGGUCAAGCUCGAGUACUUUUUUACACACACCUCGCCACAGGAUAACAAAGUCUACCAGCAUUUAGCUAUGGAGUGCCUGCCGGAAACGCUACAACUGGAAAUUCAUCGCUACGCCUCUAACAAGCUGGAGCUCCCCCUGAAACAUACUAAGCUAUACACUUACCAAAUUGCGCGCGGUAUGCUGUAUCUGCACGCACUGGGUAUCUGCCACCGUGACAUUAAGCCUUCUAAUGUGUUGGUUGAUCCUAACACCGGAGUUCUGAAAAUCUGUGACUUUGGAUCUGCCAAAAAGCUUGAGCAAAACCAGCCUUCGAUCAGCUACAUAUGCUCCCGUUUCUACCGCGCACCCGAACUCAUUGUCGGAUGCACUCAGUAUACUACCCAGAUAGAUAUUUGGGGUUUGGGCUGCGUGAUGGGCGAGAUGCUGAUAGGAAAGGCUGUGUUCCAGGGACAAGAACCUCUUCUGCAAUUACGCGAGAUUUCCAAACUGCUUGGGCCCCCCGACAAAAAGUUUCUAUUCUUCUCUAACCCAUCAUAUGAUGGUCCACUCUUCUCUAAGCCUUUGUUUACGGGCUCUGUUACAGAGAGAUUCGAGAAGCACUUUGGCCAGGCGGGUCCCGAGGGAAUCGACCUUUUGAUGAAGAUACUCACGUAUGAGCCCGAGCGCAGGCUGUCGCCUAGGCGUAUCCUAGCACAUCCUUUCUUUGAAGAUCUCAAAAAGGAACGCUAUUUCUUCCCUCGCGGCCACACCCAACCUAAGUACCUGCCGGAGCUCUUUGACUUCUCACCAUUCGAGUUGCAAGUCAUUGGCGAACUCUCGGCCCAAAUUAUGCCCACAGAAUGA